AUGACGAGAAUUUCUUUGCUUCUUUACUAUUCCAAUGGUAUUAUUCCCUUUGCAAUGAGAUAUUAUUCUUCAUCUCAUAGAAAUAUUGAGAAUGUCAAGUGUUUAGAUGAUGCUCUGAGCCUCUUUCGUCGGAUGAUCAGAACGCAGCCUCUUCCUUCUGUUCUUAGCUUCUCUAAAUUAUUAAAGACUAUGGUAAAUAUGAAGCAUUACUCUUCUGUUCUUUCCCUUUUUCGAGAAAUGCUGAAAUUAGGCAUCCCAAUUAAUGAUUUCAUCUUGAGUAUCGCUAUCAACAAUUAUUGCCUAAUGCAUCGUUCUGACUGCGGAUUUUCAGUGUUAGCCAUUUACUUGAAGAAGGGCAUUCUAUUUAAUGUUGUCACGUUUAGCACCUUACUAAGGGGACUCUUUGCUGAAAAUAAGAUCAAAGACGCAGUUAACUUGUUCAAAAAGUUGGUGAGAGAGGAUAUUUGUGAGCCUGACGAAUUCAUGUAUUCCACAGUCAUGAAUCGGCUUAGCAAAAGUGGCCAUACUCAAAAAACUUUUGAUUUGCUUAGGGUAAUGGAACAAGGAAGCACUAAGCCCAAUGCAUGCAUCUAUAGCAUUGUUAUAGAUGCCUUAUGCAAAGAUAGAAUGGUAGAUGCUGCAAUUAGCCUUUUCGAAGAGAUGAAAGAAAAAGGCAUUCCUCCGGACGUUGUCACUUAUAAUUCAUUGAUUGAUGGUCUUAGUAAGUUUGGCAAGUGGGAAAAGGUUAGGAAUUUGUUCUUAGAAAUGGUAAAUCUGAAUAUUUAUCCAGAUGUCUGCACCUUCAACAUAGUUAUAGAUGGAUUAUGCAAAGAAGGGAAAGUUGAAUAUGCUGAGGAGGUAAUGAGACACAUGAUUGAAAAAGGCGUAGAGCCUAAUGUAAUCACCUACAAUGUGAUAAUUGAUGGAUAUUGCUUGCGCGGUCAAAUGGAUAGAGCAAGGAGACUUUUCGAUUCCAUGAUUGAUAAGAGCAUUAAGCCUGACAUUAUUAGCUAUAAUAUAUUAAUAAAUGGAUACUGUAAGAAAAAGAAAUUGGAUGAGGCCAUGCAUUUGUUUCAUGAAAUUUCUCGAAACGGAUUGAAAUUUAGCAUUGUUACCUACAAUACUAUCUUCCGAGGUCUUUUUGAAGUUGGAAGAACUGACUUUGCCGAUAAAUUCUUUGCUGAGAUGCUAUCUACGGGGCUCAAGCCUGAUUUAUGCACUAAUCGGAUUUUGCUCUGUGGUUAUUUCCAGAAUGAACUUGUUGAGAAAGCUAUGUUGCNCAUAAUUUUUGGUAUACUAUUUCAUGAGUGGGAAGCAAAGAGAGAAGAUAUUGAUAUUGAACUGUACGGUAUUGUAAUUGACGGAUUAUGUAGAAAUGGUAAGGUCGACGAAGCUCGUGGUAUUUUUGAGAAGCUUCCUUUAAUUGGAUUGUCUCCCAAUGUGAUAACUUACAAUAUGAUAAUAAAUGGGUUUUGUCUAGAAGGGUUUUUAGAUGAAGCUAAAGAUAUGCUUAAAAAAAUGGAAGAUAAUGGUUGUUCUCCAGAUAAUGCCACGUACAAUAUUAUUGUUCAAGGAUUUCUCAAGUUUCGCAGAACUAGUGAAAUGACAACUCUUUUGAAGGAAAUGACUGGAAGGGGCUUCUCAUUUGAUGCAGCUACAGCAAAGUUACUUAUACACCUUAUCGCCGAGGAUCCUUCUUUGUUUAACAUGAUACCACAGUUUCACUCACUCAACAACAACAAAUCCAGUGAAUUCCCACAAGUGGGGAUGAUACCAUAGUUUCAAUCGGGAAGUAAUAAGUGAAUAUUUAUUUCACUUGGUUUAUUCAGCUAUAUUUACCAUUAUGAUGUAAUUUCCUUUUACCUCUGCAAAGGAAAUCUCAUCUAAUGGAAAUGCAGAAGGUGAAAGAAUGGCAGUUAGAACAUCCAAGUAAGCUUAUUGAGGAGGUACAUCGGUUCUAAUGUUUGAUUGUUAUGCCACUCUACUUUAUCUUGGAUAUCAUAUUUUAUUUCACUCUUAAUAUGAGAAAUGAUGUGAGUUUUCUUUUCUAUACACAUCAAAAGUCUAAGAAUAGUUUUUUCAGUGGUGUUUAGUAGUCGUCAGGUGUUAUCAUUUUCUAUCAUUUUGAGAAUCAAUAACAGCUUCCUGUCAGAUGAGAAGCUUAUUUCUCCAUGACGGAGUGAAGCAUGGCUGGUAUAUUCUUCUCCAGGAAACAAUACUCUUCUCCGACUUUAGAGCUAAGAAAACUUCGACUAGAAUAUAAUGUGGCUUUAGAGAUUAUAAAACUUUCGACUAGAAUACAAUGCGACUUUAGAGAUAAGAAAAUUUCGACUAGAAUACA